CACUUGUAACUGAACGGCUAUGUCCAUGUCCAUGUACAGCUGCUUCCGAGCGACGCAGUUAGUCCUGGCUCGUCGUCUCUUGUCUUUCCACGAAACAUCGAGACGUUCACUGGCUACGAAACCUAAUUCCUAUCCUUUCCCUCAAAAUUCGAAUCCGACGCCGCACCAAAUAUUUCACCUGCCGCGUUCUGCAUCACCAGAGGAUGUCAAAGCAAGAUACUAUGAACUUGUCCGUCUGUACCAUCCUGACACGGUAGAUUUGUCCGUGUCCUCCGAAUUGGCGCAUGCUCGAUUCCAAUCCAUAACAGACGCUUACAACGUUCUCCGUGGAAAGACGACGUCUAGGCUUGAUGCCGUUAGCGGAGGCCAACAGGCGACUACUGCAGCACGGAGGGCAAUGCACGUUCGGCGCCAUAGUGAAUUAUACGAGGGUGGCGCGGUUGACGACCGCUGGAAGGACCGUCUGAUAAUUGUUGGUCUCAUCGCAACUGUUAUUAUCAUCGUUGCCCAAGCAGUCCUUGUGCGGCGAACAAAACUGCAGGAGGCUCGUACUUUGUAUUCUAGACCAAGUCCCCCGCAAGAGGAUUCUCGAUUGUCAUCUUCAGUCGACCCUGAAUCAUAGCAGUAGUAAUGAUUAUUUAAUCGGUAUUCCCUCUAUAUAUUCUCAUGCAAAAUAACUCAGAAAUAAAGGCCUGUCCACCCUCGAGAAUUCACCAAAAUCUCAUCCCCGCCAUCCUGAUCCCCGACAUAGUGGGUCCAGGCUUUUCCGGAUUUUCCAUCACGAGAACCAGGUAGCUCUGUUGCAGACUGUAAACCUGUAGCACUGUACGAACCGGAAUGGAGCGCAACCAAACCGGAAAAUCUGGCGUCACGAUAGCUCAGAUAGAUAUCUCCGUUCAUCGACGAAGUGUGGUCGCUACGAAUGGGCCUGUGAGAAGAUGAAGGGCUUUCGAUAUAAGAUACAUCUGUGCGACCAGCCCCGGUCACAGUGUCGAACGAUGCGGGGAAAGUUGACGAGACUGGAUGAACCCUAACAUUUGCGA